AUGGCUGCCAGCAAACGCGGGGCCUUCAUCGUUAUCGAAGGACUCGACAGGUCUGGAAAAAGCACUCAAGCAGCUUCUCUUCUGUCGCGUCUGCAGCAAUCAAAUAUCCCAACGAAGCUCAUGAAAUUUCCUGACAGGACGACGCCAAUCGGGAAGAUGAUAGACGCGUACCUACGUUCAGAAUCAGACAUCGACGACCGCGCGAUUCACCUCCUAUUCUCUGCGAACCGCUGGGAGCUGGUCACGAGCAUCGAACGUGCGCUAAACGAAGGAACAAUAAUCAUAUGUGACCGCUACGCCUUCUCUGGUGUAGCCUUUUCCGCCUCCAAGGGUCUUCCAUUCGAUUGGUGCCAAGCACCCGACGUCGGUCUUCCAGCUCCAGACCUGACACUCUUCCUCGAUAUCAGUCCCGAGAAGGCAAGACAACGUGGUGGAUAUGGCGAAGAACGAUAUGAGAAGGAGGAAAUGCAACGCCGCGUGAGGGAGGUCUUCUCGAACAUUGCAGCGGAUGCCCGACGGCGUGAUGAGUACACAUGGGUUACGAUUGAUGCUGGCAAGGAGCUGGAAGACGUGAAGGACGACAUUUGGAUCCAAGUUGAGCAGCUUCUGGGUAGUGGAGACUUGAAGCCGAUUCGCAGGCUAUGGACUUCGGUUCCCAUUUCCACUUGA